GCAGGCUUUCUACCAUAAAGUCUGAACAUACACACACACACACACAUAACAACAUAACAUAACCCUUUUCAGAAGAAGAAGAAAAUUCUCUGAAUCCAACAAGGGUUUGAUGGAGUGCAAUGUGGAGAACAAAAAGAAUCUAUACCUUCAUGCUCCUACUUUCAUUGAGUGGCUCAAACCAUCUUCUUCUUCUUCUUCUUCUUCUUUUUCCUUCACUCAUGAAACCAUCCAAUUCUUGCCCAUUUUAACUGAAAAGGCCUCAAAAGAUGAAGAACAUCAUCAUCUGCAAAGUUUUGAGGUGAAAGAGGAAAAGCUUGAACAAGUGACUGUGGCUUUGCACAUUGGUUUGCCUGACAGUGCUAAAAGGCAUCAUGAUCAGGUUGUUGUUGAUGAUGAUGAUGAUGAGAAGAUGAUUUUCCAUGUCAAGGAAGAAGAAGAAGAAGAACCCUCCAAGAGAAGCUUCCAUGGCUGCUCCUUCAACCAAGAAAGAAGGUUCUGGAUUCCAACUCCUGCUCAGAUCCUCGUUGGUCCGAUGCAGUUUGCUUGCUCCAUAUGCAGCAAAACCUUCAAUAGGUAUAACAACAUGCAGAUGCAUAUGUGGGGUCAUGGAUCAGAAUAUAGGAAAGGACCAGACUCACUGAAAGGAACACAACCAGCAGCAAUGUUAAGGUUGCCAUGUUACUGCUGCGCGCAGGGUUGCAAGAACAACAUAAACCAUCCGAGGGCGAAGCCAUUGAAGGACUUCAGAACCCUCCAAACGCACUACAAAAGAAAGCACGGCACAAAGCCGUUUAUGUGCAGAAAAUGUGGGAAAACAUUUGCAGUGAAAGGUGAUUGGAGGACUCACGAGAAGAACUGUGGGAAGUUGUGGUACUGCACUUGUGGCUCAGACUUCAAGCACAAAAGAUCACUGAAGGACCAUAUCAGGUCCUUUGGGAAGGGACACAACCCUCACCCUCCCUUCCAAGCUUUUGAGGAUGAGAAGGAAUGCAUCACUGCCUCUGAUGAAGAUGAUGCCAAUGCUCAUCAUCAUCAUCAUCAUCAUGCAUGAUCUGAUUAACAUUAUUACAAAAAAGUUGCAGAGAAAUUAAUGUAGUAGAGAGAGUUUGGAGAGUACGUACCCUUGUGCUCAGUAACAAAAAGUUCUCAACAAUGGCUGAGACAUGAAGGCUCAGGGAAAGGUUUGUUACCGAGCACUUGCAGGGUGGUGAUGAAGUACUAUAUGAGUAGAGAGGUUUGAACUGAAUUUGCAUGCUUUUGGUUAGAUAAUAAUAAGAUGGUGCCUCAAGUGAUGAAGUUGAUGAAUUUUCUUCGCAUAUAUAUAGUCACAGAGAGAAGUGUUAUGUGAUGAUCAUGUUUAGUUUUCUGUAACUUUCAAUAUGGAGGAAAUUUAUCCGCUUCAUUACUCAAUGGUAACCCUCAUUAUAAGACAUGUAAAAUCUUGUUUAAAUAUUUGUUAUGAAUUUGCUGUUAUAUUUGGAUAA